UAUGAUGCAUUUAGGUGGGCAGUAUCAAAGUGUCCAUCAAGAUAGCUUUGAGUAAAGAGUAAGGUUAUGAUGCAUUUAGGUGGGCAGUAUCAAAGUGUCCAUCAAGAUAGCUUUGAGUAAAGAGUAAGGUUAUGAUGCAUUUAGGUGGGCAGUAUCAAAGUGUCCAUCAAGAUAGCUUUGAGUAAAGAGUAAGGUUAUGAUGCAUUUAGGUGGGCAGUAUCAAAGUGUCCAUCAAGAUAGCUUUGAGUAAAGAGUAAGGUUAUGAUGCAUUUAGGUGGGCAGUAUCAAAGUGUCCAUCAAGAUAGCUUUGAGUAAAGAGUAAGGUUAUGAUGCAUUUAGGUGGGCAGUAUCAAAGUGUCCAUCAAGAUAGCUUUGAGUAAAGAGUAAGGUUAUGAUGCAUUUAGGUGGGCAGUAUCAAAGUGUCCAUCAAGAUAGCUUUGAGUAAAGAGUAAGGUUAUGAUGCAUUUAGGUGGGCAGUAUCAAAGUGUCCAUCAAGAUAGCUUUGAGUAAAGAGUAAGGUUAUGAUGCAUUUAGGUGGGCAGUAUCAAAGUGUCCAUCAAGAUAGCUUUGAGUAAAGAGUAAGGUUAUGAUGCAUUUAGGUGGGCAGUAUCAAAGUGUCCAUCAAGAUAGCUUUGAGUAAAGAGUAAGGUUAUGAUGCAUUUAGGUGGGCAGUAUCAAAGUGUCCAUCAAGAUAGCUUUGAGUAAAGAGUAAGGUUAUGAUGCAUUUAGGUGGGCAGUAUCAAAGUGUCCAUCAAGAUAGCUUUGAGUAAAGAGUAAGGUUAUGAUGCAUUUAGGUGGGCAGUAUCAAAGUGUCCAUCAAGAUAGCUUUGAGUAAAGAGUAAGGUUAUGAUGCAUUUAGGUGGGCAGUAUCAACGGUUAUGACUCGUCAGAACCACGUACCGAUAUCCGACACUGAAAACAUCAAAGCCCUUAUUCCAAUGUGGGAUAUGUGUAACCAUAGUAACGGCAAGAUAGAAACAGGAUUUGAUACAGAAGACAGCACUUGUAAGAGCUACGCUAUUCGUUCUUUUGCAAAAGAUGAUCAGGUGUUGAUAUUCUAUGGAAAGCGUAACAACGCUGAUCUCUUGUUCCAUAACGGAUUUGUAUUUCCCGACAACCAACACGACUAUGUCAAUCUUCAUCUUGGUGUAAGCAAGAGUGAUAAGYUGUACGCCAUGAAAGCACAGAUUAUGGCCAUGGUUGGAUUGGAUGCGUCCGCUCGGCCUUAUCCUGUGUGCUGUGGUUCGAAUCCGAUUAGCCCCGAGCUGCUGACAUUUCUACGAAUAUUCUCUAUGGAUCAUGAUGAGUUAAAAAUACGACUUUUUAAUCCGGAGAGAAAGCAAGUCCUUCCCCUGUCAAACUUACCGAAACCCGAAUCAGUUGUUAGCAACCAGAACGAAAUUCGUCUGUGGAAUUAUUUGCAUAUGAGACUAGGCCUGAUACUCGCCCAAUACAAGACGACUAUACAGGAAGAUGACGUACUUCUACAAUCGAAAGAACUCACUACAAAUGCUAAAAAUUGUUUGUUACUUCGUAUAACCGAACGAAGAAUAUUACAAAAUGCACUGGGGUAUGCUGAGGAGAAAUUACAAGAAGCAAAGAAGAAGCUAGACGAAACAACUCCU